GGAACCUCCGGGUACCGCUGGUGUGAGAGGACCCCUGCGGCCUAAGGGGCGGUGUUCCUUUGGUCCCCAAACCUCAUCUUUCUCACUGGGCUCCUUCAUGCUGUGCCGGUGCUCCAGUUUGAAAAGAAAUUCAAAAUUUCUUUGUCUCUUUAUUCUUUCUGGAAAGUGUAAUAAUUCGGAAAACCUGUGAUGUUUCAUAGGAGUGAGCUGUCCCGGAGGGAAGGUGCCUUUUCCUCGGGGCAGCCCAGGAUUCUCCAAGAGGACAAUGGAUUCUGGAACUCGCCCAGUUGGUAGCUGUAGCAGCCCUGCAGGGCUGUCACGGGAAUACAAACUAGUGAUGCUGGGUGCUGGCGGUGUAGGGAAAAGCGCCAUGACCAUGCAGUUCAUCAGCCACCGGUUUCCAGAAGAUCAUGAUCCCACCAUUGAAGAUGCUUAUAAAAUCCGGAUCCGUAUUGAUGAUGAGCCUGCCAAUCUGGACAUUUUGGAUACGGCUGGACAGGCAGAGUUUACAGCCAUGCGGGAUCAGUAUAUGAGGGCAGGAGAAGGGUUUAUCAUCUGUUACUCUAUCACCGAUCGUCGAAGUUUCCAUGAAGUUCGGGAGUUUAAACAGCUUAUUUAUCGAGUUCGACGUACUGAUGAUACCCCUGUGGUUCUUGUGGGAAACAAGUCUGACCUAAAGCAGCUAAGACAGGUCACCAAGGAAGAAGGAUUGGCUUUGGCCCGAGAAUUCAGCUGCCCCUUUUUUGAGACAUCUGCCGCAUACCGCUACUACAUUGAUGAUGUUUUCCAUGCCCUUGUACGGGAGAUACGUAGGAAAGAAAAGGAGGCAGUGCUGGCCAUGGAGAAAAAAUCUAAACCCAAAAACAGUGUAUGGAAGAGGCUAAAAUCACCGUUCCGGAAGAAGAAAGAUUCAGUAACUUGAAGGGAAGAUGUGAAAUGUUUAUCUGUGAACUGCAGUCCUUAAUCAGAGCAGUCCAGUAACCUGCAUUAGUGAGCAUGGUGCUUGUUCUUUCUCCUGUUAUGACUGUUAUUUUAAAAAUAACUGAUGAAGGGGACAUGCCCACUAGGAGUUUUCAAUGAUGUGGUAUUUAAAAUAUUGUUUCUUAGCUAAUUCUGAUUUUAUUAACCCAGUGGAGCACUGUCUACUUUUAAAUUGUCACAUUAGAAUUCGAUUUACCAAUGUUUUGGGUUCUGUUGCUGAUAUUAAUUAAUGUAAAUUUUUUAUACCCCGGGGAAUACGAAUACCAUACGUGUUUGCCCAAGCUCACAAGAGGAAUUUUUUGCCAUGCACCAUUCUGCAUUCUCUUUCAACUGCAAUUUCCUGGGAACUGUCCCAGGUAAGGACUUCAGUCUUUUCUGUUCAUGCUGUGCUUCCUGGAGACAGAACAAAAAUCAUGGGGAAAUCAGUUCUAAAGAGAUUGGUGCUAAAGUUCAGCAAAUAGCUGUGGGACUGACUCCUGUUGCAGAUUAUGGAGUGAUGAUAUUGGGGAAAUCAGGCUGUAUGUUUUUGCAAGAGCUUGGCUAGAAAAAGUUAGGAUCAGAACAGUGCUCCUCAGAGGAGCCUGUCUUUUCUAACAAGUACACAUUUGACCCAAAUGCACUGGGAUGGAUGAGAGCAAAGAGAAACAUAUAAGAUGUAAUGAAGCUUUCUCCUACAAGGUUAUUUUACUCUUCCUUUCAGGGUUUUGCCCUUCUUUACCUUCACAGGUAAACAUUUUGGGAACCAUUACUGGGUUACUAAACUGUUGUUUAAUCUAAAUCCUUGGUUGGGACAGCCAUUGCCUUGUACAGGUUUAUUUUUUUCCCCAGAGAUGCACACACAAAUACAUUUACAUUAAUUGCUUCCUAGUGCUUUCCCUUAGCUUCCCUGUGCUCUCUAGAAGAGCUAGGCCUGGCAGAAUGUUUUUUAGGCCCUUCGUCAGACUGACUGCAUUUUCCAUACUGAAAAGACAUCAGGAGUUAGUAAAAUUGUAUAUGUGCCUCCUUGACAUAGACAAUCACUAGACUCAGUGUUCUAAGAAAGCCUGUGGCAUUUCUGUGUAAUGAGCCAGUCUGAAGCUUUAAAAUUCCCAUAUGUUGAGUUUCUCAUUGAAGAUUUCUUUACAAGGACCUUGCUAAGUUCACCUCAGGGUUUUGCCUGAGCCUUGACAAAGCUUAGCCUAAGACAGUACCACUUUGAUAACUGCAUAGGUGAGAAACUAUCCUGUCUUCUUGGGAAGAAUCAGCUUUAAAUAUUGGUGGUGAGGUCUUUCUUUUAGAAUCAGGAUUAUUUUGAUACCUGAACUUGUUAUGUGUGGAGAUUAAGCACAAAAGUGCUAAGAGUAAUGUAGCAUAUGUUGAACAUUAAAUGUCACUGAAGCAGUGUUUGUGACCACUUUAAGAACAUGACUGUGUAGCAUCUCUUAAAAAGUGCACAGCUCAAUUCACUGUUUUCCGUUUUUAUUACAGUCAGGACAGGGUUGUUGUAUUUUUUCUUCCAAUCAAUGGUAUGUGUUCUAGGUUUAAAGGAAAGUGAUGGUUGUAACUUCUUUAGCUGAGUAGUGAUCCCUUUUGAAACUCCUGAAAUGUUUUUGCUACCAAAUAAAUCAUGGUUUAUGGUACUCAAGCCAUCCAAAACUGAAAGAUGCAGAAUUUGAAUCUAUGCAGGACAAAAAUCUUACAGGAACCGUAGCACUUUGGAAGUGUGAAGUUAGAAAAGAAGUACAGUGCAAUUCUAUUUUAACAGUAUUUCACCACAUUUAAACUAGCUUAGAGCCUGUUAGGUUUAAUGCCUUAGCUUCUCAUUACUAAUAACCUAGGGAAUUGUUAUUAGCAUCAAGCAAGAUGUUGACAGCUAUGUAAUUAUAUCUAUAAGACAGGAGGGAGUUUGUAAUGUAUAUAAGAAAAAUAACAAAUGGGUGUUUUUAAGACUAUCACUAUCAUAUAUUUGAUCAUUGGAUUACUUAGCCCAUCAGGUAGUAUUGAGAAUUCUAUUCAUGGUGCUAAAUAGUUUGAGGGGUAUAAUAUGUGUAAGUCAUAGCUCUAUUCUUAGUGAUUGUAUAGUGUAAAUAAUUUAUAAGCUCUAAAUAGUCAGCUUUAUCUAAUUUGAGGGCAUUAAAAUCAAUUAACUGCCUGGAACUUUGAGGAGAGAAAAAUUCAGGGACAAGUUGAAAAGCACUGGAACUGUUCAUGUCCAUACCAGAUUGGCAAGUUACAAAAUUUGGAAGCUGGUGUCUAGAAUUAACUGUUUAGAAUUCCAAAAGAGAUACAUGUUUUAACUUUGUGAUAUAUUAGCAAGAACUGGUCUACUGUAAUGUAUGGGGAGGAGAGGGGAGAGAAAAGUUUUUCACUUAUGCACUUGUAUAUGAUGACAGUUUGUAUGACACAAUACAAAACUUUUAAACAA